AUGGAAGCUCCAGAAGACGUGUCGGUCCGGGAACAGCUUUUCCACGACCGAGUCAGAGAGACAAUAGUAAGUACACGCUGUAGGGCUACCCGUUGAUUGCGGUGAAACUGAAAGAGCUUGCCUGUUGAUUGGAGCGCUCUCACUGCACUGCUGUCAUCACCAGCCAGCUGCAAAUGCAAUUGUUUAUAUCUCAUAACAUUUAUAAGGCAGAAUAUGUGUGGCUGCAGGCUAUUCCAGGGAACUUGCUGUUAGAAUUUGUGUAUGUGUAUCAUAUUUGUCAAUAGCACUUUUGCCGUUCCUUUACUACUGUACCUUCAAUUUCAUUAAUCCCUUGUGUGUUUGUUGGUAAAGAAAAAUGCCUAAUCCUAUUUGUGGGAAAACGUGAGGUCAUGUUGCUGCUAUUCUAAUAGACCUCUACUGUGGAUUUUGUAGCAGCAUGCAGUUUUAUCAUACAAGUGUCUACAAUGUAAUAAAAAACAUGAGACAAUUAGUUCACCAAGUAAUUCGGGAUAGAUAUUGCAUUCGUGUGCUAAAUUCUUAAUAGUAAUAAUCAUAUUAUAUGUCAUUUAUAACCCCAUUCUCUGUGGACUAGUCUAUCCAGGUGUUGAAACAUUCAUCAACAUCUCAGCAUCAUGGAAAUGUACAAUGUAGCCUUACUUCAAUUGAGCCUAACUUCCAGUUCUAAAAACGGAGUCACAAUGCAUAUUGUUGCACUGGUAUACAGCGGCGAUUUUAGCAUGUAAAUCUUGGUGGGGCAAACAAAAUACUUUUGGGGGGGAUACAUGCCUGCAAAGCCACUACACAACACAACACAACACAACACUAAACAAUACAAUAAUUGCACUAUAACGGUGACAAACGGUGCCCACAAACUGUUAGGGCCUAUAUAGUCCCAACAGCCAGUGGUGGAAAAUGUACCCAAUUGUCAUACUUUAGUAAAAGUAUAGAUACCUUAAUAGGAAGGGUAGAAAAUAAAGUUACUCAAGUAAAAGUGAAAGUCAGCCAGUAAAAUACAGUGGGGAAAAAAAGUAUUUAGUCAGCCACCAAUUGUGCAAGUUCUCCCACUUAAAAAGAUGAGAGAGGCCUGUAAUUUUCAUCAUAGGUACACGUCAACUAUGACAGACAAAUUGAGGGAAAAAAAUCCAGAAAAUCCCAUUGUAGGAUUUUUAAUGAAUUUAUUUGCAAAUUAUGGUGGAAAAUAAGUAUUUGGUCACCUACAAACAAGCAAGAUUUCUGGCUCUCACAGACCUGUAACUUCUUCUUUAAGAGGCUCAUCUGUCCUCCACUCGUUACCUGUAUUAAUGGCAUCUGUUUGAACUUGUUAUCAGUAUAAAAGUCACCUGUCCACAACCUCAAACAGUCACACUCCAAACUCCACAAUGGCCAAGACCAAAGAGCUGUCAAAGGACACCAAAAACUAAAUUGUAGACCUGCACCAGGCUGGGAAGACUGAAUCUGCAAUAGGUAAGCAGCUUGGUUUGAAGAAAUCAACUGUGGGAGCAAUUAUUAGGAAAUGGAAGACAUACAAGACCACUGAUAAUCUCCCUCGAUCUGGGGCUCCACGCAAGAUCUCACCCUGUGGGGUCAAAAUGAUCACAAGAACGGUGAGCAAAAAUCCCAGAACCACACGGGGGGACCUAGUGAAUGACCUGCAGAGAGCUGGGAUCAAAGUAACAAAGCCUACCAUCAGUAACACACUACGCCGCCAGGGACUCAAAUCCUGCAGUGCGAGACGUGUCCCCCUGCUUAAGCCAGUACAUGUCCAGGCCCAUCUGAAGUGCAUUUGGAUGAUCCAGAAGAGGAUUGGGAGAAUGUCAUAUGGUCAGAUGAAACCAAAAUAUAACUUUUUGGUAAAAACUCAACUCGUCAUGUUUGGAGGACAAAGAAUGCUGAGUUGCAUCCAAAGAACACCAUACCUACUGUGAAGCAUGGGGUUGGAAACAUCAUGCUUUGGGGCUGUUUUUCUGCAAAGGGACCAGGACGACUGAUCCGUGUAAAGGAAAGAAUGAAUGGGGCCAUGUAUCGUGAGAUUUUGAGUGAAACCCUCCUUCCAUCAGCAAGGGCAUUGAAGAUGAAACGUGGCUGGGUCUUUCAGCAUGACAAUGAUCCCAAACACACCGCCCGGGCAACGAAGGAGUGGCUUCGUAAGAAGCAUUUCAAGGUCCUGGAGUGGCCUAGCCAGUCUCCAGAUCUCAACCCCAUAGAAAAUCUUUGGAGGGAGAUGAAAGUCUGUGUUGCCCAGCAACAGCCCCAAAACAUCACUGCUCUAGAGGAGAUCUGCAUGGAGGAAUGGGCCAAAAUACCAGCAACAGUGUGUGAAAACCUUGUGAAGACUUACAGAAAACGUUUGACCUGUGUCAUUGCCAACAAAGGGUAUAUAACAAAGUAUUGAGAAACUUUUGUUAUUGACCAAAUACUUAUUUUCCACCAUCAUAUGCCAAUAAAUUCAUAAAAAAUCCUACAAUGUGAUUUUCUGGAAAAUUUUUUCUCAUUUUGUCUGUCAUAGUUGACGUGUACCUAUGAUGAAAAUUACAGGCCUCUCUCAUCUUUUUAAGUGGGAGAACUUGCACAAUUGGUGGCUGACUAAAUACUUUUUUUCCCCACUGUACUACUUGAGUAAAAGUCUAAAAGUAUUUGGUUUUAAAUAUACUUAAGUAUCAAAAGUACAAGUAAAUUAAGUAUAUUAAGUAAAGCAGACUGCACCAUUUUCUUGUUUUAAAAAUGUACGGAUAGCCAGGGACACACUCCAACACAUUAUUUACAAGAGAUGCAUUUGUGUUUAGUGAGUCCGCCAGGCCAAAGGUGGUAGGGAUGACCUCGUGUUCUCUUGAUAAGUGUGUGAAUUUGACCAUUUUACUGUCCUGCUAAGCAUUCAAAAUGUAAUGAGUACUUUUGGUUGUCAGGGAAAAUGUAUGGAGUAAAAAGUACAUUAUUUUCUUUAGGAAUGUAGUGAAGUAAAAGUAAAAGUUGUCAAAAAUAUAAAUAGUAAAGUAAAGUACAGUUCAUUUAGACUCAUUUACUGCCUUUAAAAAAAACAUAGCUGAUAUGGCUGACUUGCUUAAACAAAUGUGGUUUCUACUGACAAUUGAGAUGUACAAACUAUGGCAUAAGGGGACUACAAGCGAAUGAGAGGCAAUCCGUAAUUUCGAUUAAGACAUUAAUGAGCGAGCUAGGACGGACGUAGUCAAUAUAACUAUUUGUUCAGCACUUUUGAAAUGUACAGUGACAGAAUUCAGAACAUGGGAAUUCAGAACCGUAGGAUAAAUAAAGGGGGCAUAUAAGCAGAAAAUGAAAGCUCUGACAAUAUUCGAUGAUUACAUUUCUCUAAAACAGGUUAUUGGCUACAUGUGCACCACCAAGUCAGAACAGUAGGCGAAAUUAAGAGGGGAAAAUAGAUCAAAUUAUUAGGGUGAGGCACAUGGGAUACUAACAGCUUACUACACAACAUACACUUAGUAUUACUUUCUUAGCUACAGUAUACAUAUUUCCCUGGCAUAUUAAAUCAUUUAUGCAGCAACAUGCAAUACAUUUUUGGACUCACCUUGUUGUGCUGUGCUCACUUGAAUAGGAAGGUGGCGCGGCGGUCCUUCUUGUGGGCAAAUUUUGUCAUAAAAAUUUGUCAUAAAAAUGUGUCAUCAAAGUCUGGCAUUCUCUGGAUUUAUGGUGCUUUCAAGACAACUGGGAACUCUGAAAAAUGUUGAAUGUUUAUCAUUGUAAACUUGGGAAAGAGACCCUUAAACCCAGACUUGGGACCACACAGCCACUCCACUGAAUAGCAGGCUAGUGAUUGCUUUGCAAUGCUUGCAGUUAGCCACUGAUUCCUUCCAAACCACUCAUUUUUGAAUUUGCGAUUUCCAACUUGUUUAAUGUUUAUGUCCAAUGGCCGAUGAGCCGAUACGUUUUAUCUAUCAUUUCUCUUCAUUAUUUCUCUUCAUAUGACAAGGAUUAAAAAGGAUUUGCCAGUACAUUGUCGACUUGAUUCAUGAUGAUGACCGCUUGCUAAGAUUUUGAAAGUAUGAUGUUGACAUGAUCAGUCCAAUCAAAGCUACUGUAGAUAUAACGUGAUUUGGCGUCAUUGUAUCUGUGGCCAAUUACCUUGAGCCUUCUUGGAUGGGCACUUCUAAUGUAACUCUAGGGCAGCACCCAAGGGGUUUGAAUUUUCGAGCUCUACCCUUAGAUUUGGCAGUGACGUAGUGUCCACAUGAGUGACAGAACGCUGAGCCAAUACCGGGCCAACUAGAGAACAUUACCAACCCCUAUGCUCCGUAUUUUCAGCUGGCUGCCCCACCAUCACAGAAAGCACUGAGCUAGGCUGAAACACCUGUAUUUUGGAGCUGCCUUACUCAAGAAAGCAAAAAAGAGACCGUAUGCGGCUUUAUUAACUCCAUGAUUCUUUUUUUAUUUUUUUUACAUUGUUUGCAAACUGAUAUGUGACACGUAUUAAUGCCCAAAUAACAUGCAAACCAUUGUAUUUAUUUAUUUAUUUUUAGCUAAAAAUGUGGGGCUCAAAACAGGUCACCUGCCCUGAAUGACAGCUCGCCACGGCUGGUAUGUGUGUACAACACACAGUUAUGGGAUGUCACACCUGUUGCAAUUUUUCUAGUGUUUUGGUGUAGCAUGAACUGUAGUGUGAAUGCCAGUGUUUGGUAUAUGAACCGCAUUCAAUGUUAUACAGUGAGGGGAAAAAGUAUUUGAUCCCCUGCUGAUUUUGUACGUUUGCCCACUGACAAAGACAUGAUCAGUCUAUAAUUUUAAUGGUAGGUUUAUUUGAACAGUGAGAGACAGAAUAACAACAAAACAAUCCAGAAAGAAGCAUGUCAAAAAUUUUAUAAAUUGAUUUGCAUUUUAAUAAGGGAAGUAAGUAUUUGACCCCUCUGCAAAACAUUACUUAGUACUUGGUGACAAAACCCUUGUUGGCAAUCACAGAGGUCAGACGUUUCUUGUAGUUGGCCACCAGGUUUGCACACAUCUCAGGAGGGAUUUUGUCCCACUCCUCUUUGCAGAUCUUCUCCAAGUCAUUAAGGUUUCGAGCCUGACGUUUGGCAACUCAAACCUUCAGCUCCCUCCAAAGAUUUUCUAUGGGAUUAAGGUCUGGAGACUGGCUAGGCCACUCCAUGACCUUAAUGUGCUUCUUCUUGAGGCACUUCUUUGUUGCCUUGACCGUGUGUUUUGGGUCAUUGUCAUGCUGGAAUACCCAUUUUCAAUGCCCUGGCUGAGGGAAGGAGGUUCUCACCCAAGAUUUGACGGUACAUGGCCCCGUCCAUCGUCCCUUUGAUGCGGUGAAGUUGUCCUGUCCCCUUAGCAGAAAAACACCCCCAAAGCAUAAUGUUUCCACCUCCAUGUUUGACGGUGGGGAUGGUGUUCUUGGGGUCAUAGGCAGCAUUCCUCCUCCUCCAAACACGGCGAGUUGAGUUGAUGCCAAAUAGCUCGAUUUUGGUCUCAUCUGACCACAACACUUUCACCCAGUUCUCCUCUGAAUCAUUCAGAUGUUCAUUGGCAAACUUCAGACGGGCCUGUAUAUGUGCUUUCUUGAGCAGGGGGACCUUGCGGGCGCUGCAGGAUUUCAGUCCUUCACGGCGUAGUGUGUUACCAAUUGUUUUCUUGGUGACUAUGGUCCCAGCUGCCUUGAGAUCAUUGACAAGAUCCUCCCGUGUAAUUCUGGGCUGAUUCCUCAACGUUCUCAUGAUCAUUGCAACUCCACGAGGUGAGAUCUUGCAUGGAGCCCCAGGCCGAGGGAGAAUGACAGUUAUUUUGUGUUUCUUCCAUUUGCGAAUAAUCGCACCAACUGUUGUCACCUUCUCACCAAGCUGCUUGGCGAUGGUCUUGUAGCCCAUUCCAGCCUUGUGUAGGUCUACAAUCUUGUCCCUGACAUCCUUGGAGAGGUCUUUGGUCUUGGCCAUGGUGGAGAGUUUGGAAUCUGAUUGAUUGAUUGCUUCUGUGGACAGAUGUCUUUUAUACAGGUAACAAGCUGAGAUUAGGAGCACUCCCUUUAAGAGUGUGCUCCUAAUCUCAGCUCGUUACCUGUAUAAAAUACACCUGGGAGCCAGAAAUCUUUCUGAUUGAGAGGGGGUCAAAUACUUAUUUCCCUCAUUAAAAUGCAAAUCAAUUUAUAACAUUUUUGACAUGUGUUUUUCUGGAUUUUGUUGUUGUUAUUCUGUCUCUCACUUUUCAAAUAAACCUACCAUUAAAAUUAUAGACUGAUCAUUUCUUUGUCAGUGGGAAAACGUACAAAAUCAGCAGGGGAUGAAAUACUUUUUUCCCUCACUGUAUGUAGUCAUCAACCUGUGAUCUUGGCAUGAUGGCUCUAUCACUACAGCAUCACAGGGAAGUGACCUAUGACCCUACUUAGCACAGUAGAUCUCCAUCUCUCUUCUGCCUGUCUGACUCACUGAUACAGGCGACGUUGAGUCAUUCCAGACUCCCUUCCUCUUUCUCUACCUCUCUAACUCCCAUUCCUGUGAAUUAGUGUUUCUUGUUUGUGUGUGUUUGUGUGUGUAUUUCUAUUUUGUAUUUGUAUUUAUUAUGGGCAGCAGCUACACUUCCUGGGGUCCAGCAAAAUUAAGGCAGUUCAUACAAUUUUAAAAACAUUACAAUACAUUCACAGAUUUCACAACACACUGUGUGCCCUCAGGCCCCUACUACACCACUACCACAUAUCUACAGUACAAAAAUCCAUGUGUACGUGUGUGUAUAGUGCGUAUGUUAUCGUGUGUAUGCAUGUGUCUGCACCUAUGUUUGUGUUGCUUCACAGUCCCCGCUCUUCCAUAAGGUGUUUUUUUAUCUGUUUUUUUAAAUCAAAUUUUACUACUUGCAUCAGUUACUUGAUGUGGAAUAGGGUUCCAUGUAGUCAUGGCUCUAUGUAGUACUGUGCACCUCCCAUAGUCUGUUCUGGACUUGGGGACUGUGAAGAGACCUCUGGUAUUAUGUCUUGUGGGGUAUGCAUGGGUGACCGAGCUGUGCGCCAGUAGCUCAAACAGACAGCUCGGUGCACCCAACAUGUCAACACCUCUCAUAAACGCAAGUAGUGAUGAAGUCAAUCUCUCCUCAACUUUGAGCCAGGAGAGAUCGACAUGCAUAUUAUUAAUAUUAGCUCUCUGUGUACAUCCAAGGGCCAGCCGUGCUGCCCUGUUCUGAGCCAAUUGCAAUUUUCCUUUUUUUGUGGCACGUGACCACACGACUGAACAGUAGUCCAGGUGUGACAAAACUAGGGCCUGUAGGACCUGCCUUGUUGAUAGUCUGUUAAGAAGGUAGAGCAGCGCUUUAUUAUGGACAUACUUCUCCCCAUCUUAGCUACUGUUGUAUCAAUAUGUUUUGACCAUGACAGUUUACAAUCCAGGGUUACUCCAAGCAGUUUAGUCACCUCAACUUGCUCAAUUUCCACAUUAUUACAAGAUUUAGUUGAGGUUUAGGGUUUAGUGAUUGAUUUGUCCCAAAUACAAUGCUUUUAGGUUUAGAAGUAAUUAGGACUAACUUAUUCCUUACCACCCACUCUGAAACUAACUGCAACUCUUUAUUAAGUGUUGCAGUCGUUUCAGUCGCUGUAGUAGCUGACAUGUAUAGUGUUGAGUCAUCCGCAUACAUAGACACUCUGGCUUUUCUCAAAGCCAGUGGCAUGUCAUUAGUAAAGAUUGAAUAAAGUAAUGGUCCUAGACAGCUGCCCUGGGGAAUUCCUGAUUCUACCUGGAUUAUGUUGGAGAGGCUUCCAUUAUAGAACACCCUGUGUUCUGUUAGACAGGUAACCCUGUAUCCACAAUAUAGCAGGUGGAGUAAAGCCAUAACACAUACGUUUUUCCAGCAGCAGACUAUGAUCGAUAAUGUCAAAAGCCGCACUGAAGUCUAACAAAACAGCCCCCACAAUCUUUUUAUCAUCAAUUUCUCUCAGCCAAUCAUCAGUCAUUUGUGUAAGUGCUGUGCUUGUUGAAUGUCCUUCUGUAUAAGCAUGAUGAAAGUUUGUUGUCAAUUUGUUUACUGUAAAAUAGCAUUGUAUCUGGUCACAAUUUUUUCCAAUAGUUUACUAAGGGUUGGUAACAGGCUAAUUGGUCGGCUAUUUGAGCCAGGAAAGGGGGCUUUACUAUUCUUAGGUAGCGGAAUUACUUUUGCUUCCUUCCAAACCUGGGGGCACACACAUUCUAGUAGGCUUAAAUUGAAAAUAUGGCAAAUAGGAGUGGCAAUAUCGUCUGCUAUUAUCCUCAGUAAUUUUCCAUCCAAGUUGUCAGACCCCGGUGGCUUGUCAUUGUUGAUAGACAACAAUACUUUUUUUCACCUCUUCCACACUCACUUUACGGAAUUCAAAAUUACAAUGCUUGUGUUUCAUAAUUUGGUCAGAUAUACUUGGAUUGUUGCUGGCAUGUCAUGCCUAAGUUUGCUAAUCUUGCCAACAAAAAAAUCAUUAAAGUAGUUGGCAAUAUCAGUUGGUUUUGUGAUGAAUGAGCCAUCGGAUUCAAUGAACCAACAUUUCAUAUAAGGUGCUCCAAAGCUUUUUACUAUCAUUCUUUAUGUCAUUUAUCUUUGUUUCAAAGUGUAGUUUCUUCUUCUUUUUAUGCAGUUCAGUGUAUGCAGAUCUAUGUGGGCAAUUGUGUUUCUAUUCACAUGCACGUGUGUCCUUACUGCAUUAGGCUGGACAGAGUGUGCAGACUUUUAAUUAAGUAUUGGUAGUGGUGGUGCUGUUCUGUUUUCAUGGCCUACAUCUGCCAUUUUAAAGGCUGUUUAGUCUUAACAAGUACCGUCCAUAGUUACUAGUAAUCCCAUUCUUCCACUUAUAUUUUAUAUGAUGGGCAUAUAAAGUAACCACUUAUUUUGUGCUUGUCCUACAUCUUUUGUUCUGUCUUUAUGACGUCAGUGCCCAUCCCACUGAUGGAAGGAAAUACUGGAUAAAUCCUUCAGCACAUAUGACUUGGGUUUGUCUAGUGGGCGGGCAGCGUACCCUAACCUGAGUGUUAACCCAAUUGCAGAGAGGAGGAGAGCGCCAGACUGAGAGAGUGAGAAAACAUUUCUGAUGUAAAGGGCAGAAAGACAAAGAAAAACAUACAGAGAAAUAAAGGCAGAAUGACAGGUGGACAGAUAGAUAUACAGGUGGGGACAGACAUAUACACUACAUGACCAAAAGUAUGUGGACACCUGCUCGUUGAACAUCUCAUUCCAAAAUCAUGGGCAUUAAUAUGGAGUUGGUCCCCACUUUGCUGCUAUAACAGCCUCCACUCUUCUGGGAAGGCUUUCCACUAGAUAUUGGAACAUUGCUGUGGGGACUUGCUUCCAUUCAGCCACAAGAGCAUUAGUGAGGUCGGGCACUGAAGUUGGGCGAUUAUGCCUGUCUCACAGUCGGCGUUCCAAUUCAUCUCAAAGGUGUUUGAUGGGAUUGAGGUCAGGGCUCUGUGCAGGUUAGUCAAGUUCUUCCACACCGAUCUCGACAAACCAUUUCUGUAUGGACCUCGCUUUGUGCACGGGGGCAUUGUCAUGCUGAAACUGAGAAGUGCCUUCCCCAAACUGUUUCCACAAAGUUGGAAGCACAGAAUCGUCUAGAAUGGCAUUGUAUGCUGUAGAGUUAAGAUUUCCCUUCACUGGAACUAACGGGCCUAGCCCAAACCAUGGAAAACAGCCCCAGACCAUUAUUCCACCUCCACCAAACUUUACAGUUGGCAAUAUGCAUACGGGCAGGUAGCAUUCUCCUGGCAUCCGCCAAACCCAGAUUCAUCCGUCGGACUGCCAGAUGGUGAAGCGUGAUUCAAUGGCGGCAAGCUUUACACCACUCCAGCCGACACUUGGCAUUGCGCAUGGUGAUCUUAGGCUUGUGUGCGGCUGCUCGGCCAUGUAAACCCAUUUCAUGAAGCUGCCAACAAACAGUUAUUGUGCUGACAUUGCUUCCAGAGAUUGUUUGGAACUCGGUAGUGAGUGUUGUAACCAAGGACAGAUGAUUUUUACACGCUACGUGCUUCAGCACUCAGCGGCCCCGUUCUGUGAGCUUGUGUGGCCUACCACUUCGCGGCUGAGCCGUUGUUGCUCCUAGACAUUUCUACUUCAAAUAUCAGCACUUACAGUUGACCGGGGCAGCUCUAGCUGGACAGAAAUUUGAUGAACUGACUUGUUGGAAAGGUGGAAUCCUAUGACAGUGCCACGUUGAAAGUCAUUCUACUGCCAAUGUUUGUCUAUGGAGAUUGCAUGGCUGUGUGCUAGAUUUUAUACACCUGUCAGCAACGGGUGUGGCUGAAAUAGUAGAAUCCACUAAUUUGAAGGGGUGUCCACAUACUUUUGUAUAUAUAGUGUAGGUGGGGACAGACAGACGGAUAGGGAAGGGAAUGUGUGUCAGAGCUGAGACAGGGAACACUGUAGUCCACUGGACUAGAGCAGGUGAAGGUGCCCUCAGUGGGGCUCUGUCUGUCAGUCUGUCUAUCACGGACUGGAGCAGAUAGGAAAGUGAAAGAUGAGGAUAAUCAGGACAGGGGGAGAAUAACUAUAAAGGCCUGUGGUGUUUUGUCCUUCACAAAGGACUGUCUUGUUGUGACUAAACAUGAUGACUCUGUUUGUUGGGAUGGGAGGCUCAAUUUAAAACUGAAACUAGGCCAUUUAUUUUUCCGUAUAUGCUGCUUGCAUAUGCUGUGAACCCUCCAUGGUUCUCAAUUUUCUCUGACUACCAUUUGUUGGCAGUUUGCUCUCAUACAGAGUAGAGCUUUUGUUUGGGUUAUUAGUGUGCUGUGCAUGAGCUGUUUGGGCUGUGAGCGUGUUGGGCAUUAGCUGGUUAGGCAUUGUGAAAUGGGCUUUGUCCUCUCCCCCACACUCCCACAUCUCUCCAUCAAAGUUCUCAUAGACCUUACAGCUUUAUAGUCAGUGGAUUUAAAACCCCUAACUCCACGAAUCCUCACACUGCCCAGCAUGCACUCCAUUCUCUUUGAACUGCCUGAAAGCCUAGGCCUGUUUCAGUCCAGCUAUAGUACACUAUUCUUCAGCCUGUAUCUGAGUACUGGCCAAGGACUGGUUUUAGAUGUCUUGCUUUUUUACAGAGGAAUUUUAAGUCACACGUUAUGUAUUAAAGCUUCUGAAUGUCUCAGUUGGCUAUUUGGGAGCACUGUGUUACUGUGGCAUUGUCGUUCAGGUUGGGAAAUUAAGUUGUUAUUAGGCACUUGCUGCAGUUACAUACUAUAUUGUGGUCCAUUGCUCUAACAAAGCUCUUACUUGUAUACAACUAAGCCUGCAACUCAACUCUGGUACAAUUGCAGUGACAUUAACACAUUGUUUCUGCCAGUAGAUUUAUUAGACUCCAAAAAAGACUGGCAAGCUGGAAAGGGAAGGAUGUCAAUUCACACUUAAUACGAAUUUGGUAUGCGGGUGGUUUUAUUUUGCCCCCUCAAGUUUAUUUAUAUAUUGUUUUAUUUCUGGGCAUAAAAUACUGUCAAAACACCAGGAAAUCAGUUCCAAGUGAUUUUAAUUUAAGAAAUCUGUUCCCAAGUAUUCCCACGCAUUAUAGAGAGACACGUGAUCGUAGUCAAACAUUACAUCUGUUUGAGCUUCUUGCGGUCAAUUUGCAGUCUACAAAUUAUUUGUAAUUGUGUUCCGUAAUUAUCAUCACAGACAUAGAUUAUCUCCCUAUAGCAAUUAUCAAAUUCAGAUAGGAUUUCCCACAUUGCUAACAUUUACAGUUAUAGGAUGUAGCCCUGUUUCUAUGUUACCCUCUAUAAGAUGAAAAACAAUUGAAGUCUGUGCACAGUUCUUCUCAUCCCCUCAAUUAAAUCCCCUUUAUGUUGUGUCAUAUUCUCUCCCUGUAUUUGUGCUGUCCUUGAUGUCCUCUGUAAAUGGCUGUAUGCUGUAGCCUACUAUUUGAGAGGGCUAUAAAAACAGCUAAACAUAGUUAGUGAUUAAUAUAAUCACUGCUUAUUAAAGUAUUAACAUGUUAUAUUGGAGUGUUUAAUUAGACCAGAAGAUUCUCGAACAGAACAUUAAAAUGUGCUUAUCUCUGAGAUCAGAGGUAGCUAUCUCCUUAUGUAAUAUUUAUGAUAUAGUUAUAUUUUUCUCUCUCUGUUAUCCGUAACCUGAUUGCAUUAUACAGACCAGGGUGGGGAUAUGUUGCUUUGAAACUGGCACAGAACUGCUACCAUUCCUAGUUUCCAAAUUGUAAGAAUAUUGUCUCCCAUUCAAGAAAAUAUCAGGUAGCCUAGCAAAAUGCAUCAUAUGGGGAUGAUUUCUGUAUUUUGAAAGUUACAUAUCUUGAAAACUUGAUUGCUGACAAGCAAAACAUUUUGGGGCCAUGUCAACAAUGGACUAAUGAAACAAAUACCAACAUAUAGUUUUGGGGUGUAAUUUUCCUUUAAGAGCAUUGGGCCAGGAACCGAAAGGUUGCUGGUUGAAUCCCCUGAGAAAUCUGUUGAUGUACCCUUGAGCAAGGCACUUAACCCUAAUUGCUCUGGAUAAGAUUGUCUGCUAAAUGACUAAAAUGUCAAAUGUUUUAUAGGGGGUGAGGAUUUUGUUUGUUAUGUUGGUGGUUUCAUUUGUAAUCCCAACCGGUCUCCACUCUCUCGUUGCUUAAUAUGGUAAUCCUGAUCAUCUGACCCCCUCUCAUUUUGACCCCCUCUCAUCUGACCCCCUCUCAUCUGACCCCCUCUCAUCUGACCCCCUCUCAUCUGACCCCCUAUCAUCUGUCUACUAUAGAACAACCCCUGAUGACCCUGUUAUAAAACCACAGAUUGCCAAAACCUUCAUUUCCUAACUAGAUAUCCACUUCAAUGUUGUAAUUCAACAUCUGUAAUGCAUUUUAACAGGGAAAUUCAGUUUUCAGAAAAUAAAGGCAAACUUCAUUUUGUUGUAAAGGGAGAGAAGGCAGAGUUCAACUUGAUGCUACAGAUCAGUGAUUAGUUCACAUGAAUUAGGCAGUGCCUCCUGAAGGCAGGUUUGAGGCUAUGUGCAUGUCCAGUCUUAUCCAUGUUGUACAGUGAGGGGAAAAAAGUAUAUGAUCCCCUGCUGAUUUUGUACGUUUGCCCACUGACAAAGAAAUGAUCAGUCUAUAAUUUUAAAGGUAGGUUUAUUUGAACAUUGAGAGACAGAAUAACAACAAAAAAAUCCAGAAAAACCUAUGUCAAAAAUGUUAUAAAUUGAUUUGCAUUUUAAUGAGGGAAAUAAGUAUUUGACCCCUCUGCAAAACAUGACUUAGUAAUUGGUGGCAAAACCCUUGUUGGCAAUCACAGAGGUCAGACGUUUCUUGUAGUUGGCCACCAGGUUUGCACACAUCUCAGGAGGGAUUUUGUCCCACUCCUUUUUGCAGAUCAUCUCCGAGUCAUUAAGGUUUCGAGGCUGACGUUUGGCAACUCGAACCUUCAGCACCCUCCACAGAUUUUCUAUGGGAUUAAGGUCUGGAGACUGGCUAGGCCACUCCAUGACCUUAAUGUGCUUCUUCUUGAGCCACUCCUUUGUUGCCUUGGCCGUGUGUUUUGGGUCAUUGUCAUGCUGGAAUACCCAUCCACGACCCAUUUUCAAUGCCCUGGCUGAGGGAAGGAGGUUCUCACCCAAGAUUUGACGGUACAUGGCCCCGUCCAUCGGCCCUUUGAUGCGGUGAAGUUGUCCUGUCCCCUUAGCAGAAAAACACCCCCAAAGCAUAAUGUUUCCACCUCCAUGUUUGACGGUGGAGAUGGUGUUCUUGGGGUCGUAGGCAGCAUUCCUCCUCCAAACACGGCGAGUUGAGUUGAUGCCAAAGAGCUCCAUUUUGGUCUCAUCUGACCACAACACUUUCACCCAGUUCUCCUCUGAAUCAUUCAGAUGUUCAUUGGCAAACUUCAGACGGGCCUGUAUAUGUGCUUUCUUGAGCAGGGGGACCUUGCGGGCGCUGCAGAAUUUCAGUCCUUCACGGCGUAGUGUGUUACCAAUUGUUUUCUUGGUGACUAUGGUCCCAGCUGCCUUGAGAUCAUUGACAAGAUCCUCCCGUGUAGUUCUGGGCUGAUUCCUCACCGUUCUCAUGAUCAUUGCAAAUCCACGAGGUGAGAUCUUGCAUGGAGCCCCAGGCCGAGGGAGAUUGACAGUUCUUUUGUGUUUCUUCCAUUUGUGAAUAAUCGCACCAACUGUUGUCACCUUCUCACCAAGCUGCUUGGCGAUGGUCUUGUAGCCCAUUCCGGCCUUGUGUAGGUCUACAAUCUUGUCCCUGACAUCCUUGGAGAGCUCUUUGGUCUUGGCCAUGGUGGAGAGUUUGGAAUCUGAUUGAUUGAUUGCUUCUGUGGACAGGUGUCUUUUAUACAGGUAACAAACUGAGAUUAGGAGCACUCCCUUUAAGAGUGUGCUCCUAAUCUCAGCUCGUUACCUGUAUAAAAGACACCUGGGAGCCAGAAAUCUUUCUGAUUGAGAGGGGGUCAAAUACUUAUUUCCCUCAUUAAAAUGCAAAUCAAUUUAUAACAUUUUUGACAUGCGUGUUUGUUGUUAUUCUGUCUCUCACUGUUCAAAUAAACCUACCAUUAAAAUUAUAGACUGAUAAUUUCUUUGUCAGUGGGCAAACGUACAAAAUCAGCAGGGGAUCAAAUACUUUUUUCCCUCACUGUAUUCUCUUUGAGAGUAUGAAGACAUCCAGCUUUGAUAAUGUUCCAUUAAUUAGGGCGUGCAUGAUGUCCCUCUGCAACCAUAGAAAAGAUAAACACAGUGAAGGUAACAGAGAGGGAGAUUAUCAACUCAGUCAUCUCUGAGAUCAUUGGGGUCACAUCUUGAUGAACCAGCUGGAGGGUGAAAAGCCUGCCUGUAAACCAUCUGUGUUAGUGUGACAGAGAGGACCUGACAACUUGAAGACUUUCUCUGGUGUUUGUUUGCCCUGCGUGAACCCACUCAGGGUCUACAGCAGCAUUGUAUGGAUUUUCUCUGUAGAGUGAAUUCUUGUCUUUAUACAUGAAAAUAGAGAUGAUAAAACAAAUAAUUGAAUAAUAAAGGAUGGCUGACUUAUUCCAAAAAAUUAAUCAUAGGAAGCUUGAUCCUGAUCAUUGAUCUCAGUGUUAUUUUCUCCACAGAUCCGUGUCCUGCUUUUCAUCGGUCUCUACAUCAUCUCCUAUCUGGUCAUCACCCACUACAAGAGGAACACUGAGUUCACCAUAGGUACGUGUGAGUCUGUGAGGUCAAAUGUCAGGGGAGUGGAGGUCAGGUCACAGACUGCAAGGUCUGCUGGGUUUCUGCAGCUCAGCACUCUACUGAUUAACUGUAAAAGUCAAUGAUUAGACUGUUGGUAUUUCUGUAUGUCUGCCAAUAUCCUCCUUUGGUCCUGUACAUGUGGGUGUUGUACUACAGCCAGGAUGGACAUAUACAGUAUAUAAAUGCAUAUCUCAGCAUAUGUUUGCCAUUACUUCACACUUCUGCAUAUAGGUUUUGCAUAUCAACAUAAACAAGUUGCUGUUUACCAUGAAGGGGCCAUAAUAACUUGUUAAUUUAUGUGUGUGUGCAUGUGCACGAGCUAGGGUGUUUUUAACUGCAGCAACCCCAUCACCUCACUUGUGAGUGUAUGUUUGCGUCAGGAAUUGACAGCAAGCAUUGGUAUGGCGGACGGGACGCUUUCCAAAAUACACUCUGGUACAAAUUACAGCCAGAGCCUGUUAUGCAACCUCCCCCUGUUGCCCCCCUCCCUCGGCCACCCGGAUUCUCUGUCCUGUUAGACAGGGUAAGAGGCGCAAGGAAUGUUAUUUUUAUUAUUAUUAUAAUUUUAAAAAAUUGGGGGACGGUAGCUUUAAUAUUGUAGAUAGAUGUUGGGUUGUAGCAAAUUAAUUGUUUGCAUCAUUUCUAAUCUGCAAGGAAUGUUCCCCUGGGAUUAUAAUACUGUCCGUAGGGCAGACAAAGUGCACAAAAACCCCACACACACACUUGGACAGGCACGCACAAACUCACACACAUACACACAACCAGCUCCCACCCAGUCAGGAAUGUAGGGUCCGCAGCACCCCGUGGACAACCAGUGGGGAGCCAGUAAUGAAUAUGGGUGUUGGGAAUAGGGGUUUUCACAAACCAGAUGUUUCUGGCUAUAGUUUCAUUCUAGUAAUCUCUCUUGUGUAGUGUGAUUUCAAACCAUGUACGAAACCAGAGAGAGAGAGAAAGAAGUGAGGGGGAAACAGAGCGAUCCAUGGGUUUUUACUUUAACCAACAAAGGACUCUGCACUUUUGAUAGCCUGUCUUCUUUUGCUGGUACAAAACAAUGGGAUACAAAAUAAGCCUGAACUUCAAAGCCUGUGUUAAAUAUGAUCAUCCUUCAGUUUUUAGGACUACAUUCUUCAUCGUAAUGAGUGGGGUUAGCAAAUUGUUCAAUACCACCCUCAACCCUUUUCCCAACACUUGCACAUGCAUACUAAAUUGUGCACUGAUUUGUUCAGUUGUUGGAAACAGCUGACAUUUCUGAUCAAUAUCAUGAUCAGUCACAAAUCAGGGCCACACACAUAUACACACAUGGGGUCCAGAGAUCUUCGAACAAUGUAUUACUGUACUGUGAUAAGGGUUGGCGUUUUACUUUUGGGCAAUUACAUUUCCUGCUUUUGUAAAGAACCUAGUAUUGCCAGUUCCUGGUUUGUAGCCUGCAGCAUAAACACACACACACUGUAUGUACACAAUAAUUUGCUUUGCUUGAUCACACACAAAAACACUUUUCCACACAUGUGCAAACAUGUUUGUUGAUUAUAGUUGUUACUCCAAGAACAGUUUUAGCCUGCAGGUGUUUGUGACAGUUGAGCAACAUGUGCUUGUCUCCCUUUAGGACAUUUUGGGGAAGGAGGUCUUGUCUUUUAUCAGGUUCCCAGCUUCUUGCCCAGCCGGUCUGCCCCCUCCCCCCCACACACGUAUUCCUCUUUCUGAAAGCCAUACUAAUAAUUGUGUUGUGUGCUUUAAAUUAUAGAUGACAGCGAAGAUGCAACAGUCAACAAAAUUGCGUAAGUAACUUUGAACAAUAGAGGCUUUAUUACCACCGAUCAUAUCUAUAUCUGCCACAUAAUGUCAGAAAACCAAUAUACUGUACCUAAAUAUUUUAUAUUUAUAUGUGUCAUAUGGGAAUGCGGCUUCUUUUUGUAAAAUCUAUUUUUCUCUCUCCCCCUCUUUCUCUCUGCCUUUCUAUAGGCUGUGUCUCUGUACGUUCACUCUCUCUGUCUCUAUGGGCGCUGUCCUACUCCUACCUCUCUCCAUCUUGUCCAAUGAGGUCCUGCUCUCCUUCCCACAGAGCUACUACAUGCAGUGGCUUAACGGAUCUCUUAUACACGGUAAACACACACAAGCCCCUAAAUGAACAUACUCACACACACAGUUACGCUAACACACACGUUGCCAGACACACCUAAUGCAUGCAGACAUUUGUACGUGGUUUGAGGUCCUGUGCUGAUGAAAGAUCUUCUCAGUGCACAUGCUUCACAUAUUUGCUUUUUAUUCCUAUUUAAUUUGUUCAGAGAAAAAUUACAGUCCACCCCAGGUUACAAGGGUGCAAAUAUGACAUUUACUCAGUGAUGAUGAUAAGACAGACUGCCGAUAUGAGCUCCUCAGAACUUUCAACUUUUAAAACUGACUGUUAGUGAAAUGUAAUCAGAAGACUAUAGCAUGUAGAGGGGAGGACAGCUCAUAAUAAUGGCGUGAAUGGAAUGAUAACUAAUACAUGGAAACCAUGUGUUUGAUGUGCUCGAUACCAUUCAAUUUAUUCCAUUCCAGCCAUUACUAUGGCGGGCGGAAGGUAGCCUGGCGUUUAAGAGCGUUGGGCCAGUAAUCAAAUAGUUACUGGUUCGAAUCCCAGAGCCGGCUAGGUGGAAAACAUCUGCCGUUCUGCACUUGAGCAAGGCAGUUAACCCCCAACAACAACUGCUCCCUGGGCACCGAUGAUGUGGACAUUGAUCAAGGCAGCCACCCACCUGGUUAAAAGUGGAAGACAGAUUUCCCUUGAAUGCAUUCAGUUGUGCAACUGACUAGGUAUCCCCUUUCCCUUCGAGCCUGUCCUCCCCAAUUAAGGUGCCACCGGCCGCCUGUGGGAGAGAGAGAGCCUCUCACUGUCUAAAACACUGUCUGUCCCCAUCUCUCAAUGCAGGACUGUGGAAUCUAGUCUUCCUCUUCUCCAACCUCUCCCUGGUCUUCCUCCUGCCCUUUGCCUACUUCUUCACUGAGUCUGAGGGCUUCGCUGGAUCCAAAAAGGUACCUGCUUCAGUGACAGAGCAGACUGGUUAGAAGAUGUGCUUGAGCCAAAUCCCCUGAGUAUUGUUGUCAUGACAUGAUGAUUGGGAUGAGUUGGCUAAAGCACAUACAUAUCUGGGAAGAGGUUAGUGAUAAAGCAUCAUGUACAGUAUAUAUAUAACAUGUGGUAUAAUGUUUCUAUACUCUCUGUACACAGGGUGUGAUGGCCCGUCUGUAUGAGACAGCAGUAGUCCUCUUCCUCCUGACCCUGCUUGUACUGGGGAUGGUGUGGGUGGCAUCAGCCAUACUUGAUGAUAAUAUGGCCAGUCUUUACGGUAAAACAACCCCUCUACUCCUUCUCCCCUCUCUCUCUCUCUUGUUCUCUCCCCCUGUUAUGUGACUUUCAUAACCUGUUUUAUGUGAUUUUUGUCUUUUAACUUCCACCUCUUUACAUAUUUUGUCUGUUGGCGUUGUUAACUGAAAAUGUGCAAUGUAAGUUUAAUUCCUAAAUUACUCUAAAAUGUGUUCUGUGUUCUGUCUGUCAGAUCUGUGGGAGUAUUACCUGCCUUAUCUGUACUGCUGCAUUUCCUUGUUCGGAGUCCUGCUGCUGUUGUGUAAGUACAGUACAUGUUUACCCAUGAGUAUCCCAGCCAAUUGGCAUUGUGUAUAUGUGAGAUUUCUCUCUGUGAUGCCUGUGUAUUAUAUAAUAUAUAAAUGUAUCCCCUGUCUCCCACAGUAUGCACUCCUCUGGGAUUAUCGCGCAUGUUCAGCAUCACAGGAAGCCUACUGGUCAAACCAAAGGUGAGUGUGUCUGUGUGAGACUCAUGUCAGUGUAUGGUGUUGGUAUGUACAGUAUGUGUGUGCUGGUCUGACUCCCUGAACGUCUUCCAUCCUCAGCUGCUGGAGGACCUUGACGAGACAAUGAGUUGCGCUGAGUUUGAAGAGGCCUCUUUAUCCAGGAAACUCACUAGUUAGUUCCAUUACAUAACACAUAUAUAUGAUAUAACGUAUGUCCAUUUUAUGCCAUAAUUUGUCCAUUCCAUGCAGAAUUCAAGUGAUGCGAUGUCUCUUUAAAGGGAAUAUUGAAUAAAAGCUGAUCACAAAAUUACACCUCUCUCUCUCUGCAGGUGGGACCUCGUGUUGGAUUAAUGUGAAUGCAGAGGUUCUGAGGAACCGGUUCUUCAACAUUCAGGCCAGGUGGAUUGCUCUGGGUAGGAACUACUGACUUUCAUAAAGACGCACAACAUGUCCUAUGCCACGAGGCAUGGCCAGGAAAACGUUUGGCUAUAAUUAGGGCCUGGAGUUUGUCCUGGUCGGGUCACAUGGUCAGGAAAAUCUCCAACAGAUAGAAAGACACUAAUUCUGGAUUUCUGUUUUUUGCCUUCAGACAUAUGGAAGAGAGUGUCACCAUGGCAGCGUAACCUAGGAUACCCAUUGGCCAUGCUGUUGCUGUUGGCUCUAACGGUGAGGAGAGUCAGACUCACCACUGACAUCACCUGCGGGCAUACACCUGACACCACUUCCUCAUACAAAAUGAGUGUGUUCUGAUUGGCUGUGUGUGUGUUAUUCUCUUUCCCAGGUGGUGUGUGUGCUCAUUGUGUGUUACCAUGUGGUGGAGUUGCUGUUUGAUGAGACAGCUAUGCCUCGCGGGAUGGAGGUGAGGGGAUGCUUUCCUUUACAAGCAAUUACUAAUAAUUAUGUGUUUAUAAACUGAUACGCAAAACGACGCCGGAUUCAAAACUUAGAAUUUUUUUAUUUAAAUUAUUAUACAAAAUUCUUGCUACCAUUAUAAUGUUAUUUAUAUGGGGGAUACAAUCUUCCCAGCUCUGCAGAUUUUGCUGUGAAGAGACAGAAUCAUUAGAUCAUUUGUUUUGGUACUGUCCAUUUGUAGGUUGUUUUUGGUCACAGGUCCAGGAAUGGCUGAAGGAUUGCAAUAUUUACCUGGAGCUAACCCUGCACAUAGCACUACUGGGUGAUUGUCACGCCCUGACCUAGAGAACUCUUGUUGGUUGGGUCAGGGUGUGAGUUCAGUUUGAGAUCUACAUUGGGGAAAAAAAGUAUUUAGUCAGCCACCAAUUGUGCAAGUUCUCCCACUUAAAAAGAUGAGAGAGGCCUGUAAUUUUCAUCAUAGGUACACGUCAACUAUGACAGACAAAUUGAGAAUUUUUUUUCCAGAAAAUCACUGUAGGAUUUUUAAUGAAUUUAUUUGAAAAUUAUGGUGGAAAAUAAGUAUUUGGUCACCUACAAACAAGCAAGAUUUCUGGCUCUCACAGACCUGUAACUUCUUCUUUAAGAGGCUCCUCUGUCCUCCACUCGUUACCUGUAUUAAUGGCACCUGUUUGAACUUGUUAUCAGUAUAAAAGACACCUGUCCACAACCUCAAACAGUCACACUCCAAACUCCACUAUGGCCAAGACCAAAGAGCUGUCAAAGGACACCAGAAACAAAAUUGUAGACCUGCACCAGGCUGGGAAGACUGAAUCUGCAAUAGGUAAGCAGCUUGGUUUGAAGAAAUCAACUGUGGGAGCAAUUAUUAGGAAAUGGAAGACAUACAAGACCACUGAUAAUCUCCCUCGAUCUGGGGCUCCACGCAAGAUCUCACCCCGUGGGGUCAAAAUGAUCACAAGAACGGUGAGCAAAAAUCCCAGAACCACACGGGGGGACCUAGUGAAUGACCUGCAGAGAGCUGGGACCAAAGUAACAAAGCCUACCAUCAGUAACACACUACGCCGCCAGGGACUCAAAUCCUGCAGUGCGAGACGUGUCCCCCUGCUUAAGCCAGUACAUGUCCAAGCCCGUCUGAAGUUUGCUAGAGUGCAUUUGGAUGAUCCAGAAGAGGAUUGGGAGAAUGUCAUAUGGUCAGAUGAAACCAAAAUAGAACUUUUUGGUAAAAACUCAACUCGUCGUGUUUGGAGGACAAAGAAUGCUGAGUUGCAUCCAAAGAACACCAUACCUACUGUGAAGCAUGGGGGUGGAAACAUCAUGCUUUGGGGCUGUUUUUCUGCAAAGGGACCAGGACGACUGAUCCGUGUAAAGGAAAGAAUGAAUGGGGCCAUGUAUCGUGAGAUUUUGAGUGAAAACCUCCUUCCAUCAGCAAGGGCAUUGAAGAUGAAACGUGGCUGGGUCUUUCAGCAUGACAAUGAUCCCAAACACACCACCCGGGCAACGAAGGAGUGGCUUCGUAAGAAGCAUUUCAAGGUCCUGGAGUGGCCUAGCCAGUCUCCAGAUCUCAACCCCAUAGAACAUCUUUGGAGGGAGUUGAAAGUCCGUGUUGCCCAGCGACAGCCCCAAAACAUCACUGCUCUAGAGGAGAUCUGCAUGGAGGAAUGGGCCAAAAUACCAGCAACAGUGUGUGAAAACCUUGUGAAGACUUACAGAAAAUGUUUGACCUGUGUCAUUGCCAACAAAGGGUAUAUAACAAAGUAUUGAGAAACUUUUGUUAUUGACCAAAUACUUAUUUUCCACCAUAAUUUGCAAAUAAAUUCAUUAAAAUCCUACAAUGUGAUUUUCUGAAAUGUUUUUCCUCAUUUUGUCUGUCAUAGUUGACGUGUACCUAUGAUGAAAAUUACAGGCCUCUUUCAUCUUUUUAAGUGGGAGAACUUGAACAAUUGGUGGCUGACUAAAUACUUUUUUCCCCCACUGUAUGUUAUUGUAUUUCUAUGUUGUAUUCUAGUAUUUGUAUUUCUAUGUUUGGCCGGGUGUGAUUCCCAAUCAGAGGCAGCUGUCGCUCAUUGUCUCUGAUUGGGGAUCAUACUUAAGUAGCCUGGUUGCCUACCUUAGUUGUGGGAUCUUGUUUGUGUUCCUGUUUGGCUUGUUGUGUGUAUAGCCCAUAGGACUUCACGUUUUCGUUAUUUUGUCAAGUGUUUAUUCUUAUUAAUAAACAUGUACGCAUACCACGCUGCACCUUGGUCUGACCCGUCUCUCAACGAUCGUGACAGAAGAUCCCACCACCAACGAACCAAGUAGCGUGCCCAGGAGCAGCAGACACCCUGGACACAGGUGGGAAAGACAUUUUGGACUUGGGAGGAGAUAUUGGCUGGUAGAGGACCCUGGGCGAAGGAGGAAGCCCAGGCAGGAGAGGAGAAACGGCGACUCAAAAGGACUCGGUCACGAAGAAAGCCAGAGAAGCAGCCCCAAUAAAAGAAAAUUGGGGGGCACACAGGGGGGUUGGCGGAGCCAGGGUUCAGAGCAGAGCCAACUCCCUGUAUUCACGCUAAGAAGCGUGUGACCGUGCAGGCUCUGUGUUAUGCGGAGAUACGCACUGUGUCGCCAGUGCGCCUGCACAGUCCAGUGCGUCCUGUGCUAGCGCCAUGCACGUGCCGUGCGAAAAUGGGCAUCCAGCCAGGACGGGUUGUGCCGGCUCAACGCUCCUGGUCUCCAGUACGCCUCCUCGGUCCAGCAUAUCCUGCGGUGGUUCUAGGUACUGUGUCUCCAGUGCGCGUUCACAGCCCAGUGCGUCCUGUGCUAACGCCACGCACGUACCGUGCGGAAGUGGGCAUCCAGCCAGGACGGGUUGUGUCAGCUCUACGCUCCAGACCUCCAGUGCGCCUCCACAGCCCGGUACGGCCUGUGCCAGCUCCUCGCACCAAACCAGUGGUGCCUGUCGCCAGCCCGGUACGCCCCGUACCUGCUCCCCGCACCAAACCAGCGGUGCGUGUAUCCAGUCCAGUACGGCCCGUACCUUCUCCCCGCACCAAACCAGUGGUGCUUGUCGCCAGCCCGGUACGCCCCGUACCUGCUCCCCGCACCAAACCAGCGGUGCGUGUAUCCAGUCCAGUACGGCCCGUACCUGCUCCCUGCACCAAACCUGUGGUGCGUGUCGCCAGCCCGGUACGCCCCGUACCUGCUCCCCGCACCAAACCAGUGGUGCGUGUAUCCAGUCCGGCACGGCCCGUGCCUGCUCCUCACACCAAACCUGUGGUGCGUGUCUCCAGUCCGGCAUGACCCGUGCCUGCUCCCCGCACCAAACCAGUGGUGCGUGUAUCUAGUCCGGCACGGCCCGUGCCUGCUCCUCGCACCAGACCAGUGGUGCGUGUUCCCAGUCCCGCUCCGGUCAGCGGUUCCACUCCGGAGCCAGAGCAGUCCGCUCCACCGGUGCCGAGUCCAGCUCCGGUCAGCGGCUCCACUCCGGAGCCAGAGCAGUCCGCUCCACCGGUGCCUAGUCCAGCUCCGGUCAGCGGUUCCACUCCGGAGCCAGAGUAGUCCGCUCCACCGGUGCCUAGUCCAGCUCCGGUCAGUGGUUCUACUCCGGAGCCAGGGCAGUCCGCUCCACCGGGGUCCAGUUCAGCCUUGGUCAGCAGCUCCACUCCAGACCCAGAAGUCAGCCCCUCUCCAGGUUCAGGGUCUCCCACACCAGGGUCCAGACAGGGCUUGGUGCAUCGUGGGAGGAAGGAGAGGGGAAGCAUCGCGCCGAGGACCAGACCAGGGGCGCAACGGGAGGCAGAGAGGUAGAGGUCGUCAUGCCCGGAGCCGGAGCCGCCUCCGAGGCUGAAUGCCCACCCGGACCCUCCCCUAAUGAAUCAGGUUUGGUCGGCCGGAGUACGCACUGUUGCGGGGGGGGGGGGGGGGUACUGUCACGCCCUGACCUAGAGAACUCUUGUUGGUUGGGUCAGGGUGUGAGUUCAGUUUGAGAUCUAUGUUAUUGUAUUUCUAUAUUGUAUUCUAGUAUUUCUAUGUUUGGCCGGGUGUGAUUCCCAAUCAGAGGCAGCUGUCGCUCGUUGUCUCUGAUUGGGGAUCAUACUUAAGUAGCCUGGUUGCCUACCUUAGUUGUGGGAUCUUGUUUGUGUUCCUGUUUGGCUUGUUUGUGUAUAGCCCAUAGGACUUCACGUUUUCGUUGUUUUUGUUAUUUUGUCAAGUGUUUAUUCUUAUUAAUAAAUAUGUACGCAUACCACGCUGCACCUUGGUCUGACCCGUCUCUCAACGAUCGUGACAGUGAUCUGAAAAGUCAUAGUCAAUCGAUCAAUUAUAUAAUAAUACUUUUAGCAAAAAAAUGUAUUUUCAAUUUACAAUCUGUAGAAACAAUGAGAAUAGAAGGGUUCAGAACUUUUGUGAAACAUCACAGUACAGUUGAAAAAUAUAUGGCAAAUAGAAAUCCAAUAUGGAUGGUGUUAAGAGAUAGAUGGGAGGUGUUGAAUGGAGCUGAAGGAUGGGACUAAUAACAACUAACAAUAACUAAUAACAACAAGAUAACUAAUGUAAAGCAUACUGUGUCCAUAAUAAGUACAGUGGGGAGAACAAGUAUUUGAUAAACUGCCGAUUUUGCAGGUUUUCCUACUUACAAAGCAUGUAGAGGUCUGUAAUUUUUAUCAUAGGUACACUUCAACUGUGAGAGACGGAAUCUAAAACAAAAAUCCAGAAAAUCACAUUGUAUGAUUUUUAAGUAAUUAAUUUGCAUUUUGUUGCAUGACAUAAGUAUUUGAUCACCUACCAACCAGUAAGAAUUCCGGCUCUCACAGACCUGUUCGUUUUUCUUUAAGAAGCCCUUCUGUUCUCCACUCAUUACCUGUAUUAACUGCACCUGUUUGAACUCGUUACCUGUAUAAAAGACACCUGUCCACACACUCAAUCAAACAGACUCCAACCUCUCCACAAUGGCCAAGACCAGAGAGCUGUGUAAGGACAUCAGGGAUAAAAUUGUAGACCUGCACAAGGCUGGGAUGGGCUACAGGACAAUAGGCAAGCAGCUUGGUGAGAAGGCAACAACUGUUGGCGCAAUUAUUAGAAAAUGGAAGAAGUUCAAGAUGACGGUCAAUCACCAUCGGUCUAGGGCUCCAUGCAAGAUCUCACCUCGUGGGGCAUCAAUGAUCAUGAGGAAGGUGAGGGAUCAGCCCAGAACUACACGGCAGGACCUGGUCAAUGACCUGAAGAGAGCUGGGACCACAGUCUCAAAGAAAACCAUUAGUAACACACUACGCCGUCAUGGAUUAAAAUCCUGCAGCACACGCAAGGUCUCCCUGCUCAAGCCAGCGCAUGUCCAGCCCAUCUGAAGUUUGCCAAUGACCAUCUGGAUGAUCCAGAGGAGGAAUGGGAGAAGGUCAUGUGGUCUGAUGAGACAAAAAUAGAGCUUUUUGGUCUAAACUCCACUCGCCGUGUUUGGAGGAAGAAGAAGGAUGAGUACAACCCCAAGAACACCAUCCCAACCGUGAAGCAUGGAGGUGGAAACAUCAUUCUUUGGGGAUGCUUUUCUGCAAAGGGGACAGGACGACUGCACCGUAAUGAGGGGAGGAUGGAUGGGGCCAUGUAUCGCGAGAUCUUGGCCAACAACCUCCUUCCCUCAGUAAGAGCAUUGAAGAUGGGUCUUGGCUGGGUCUUCCAGCAUGACAACGACCCGAAACACACAGCCAGGGCAACUAAGGAGUGGCUCCGUAAGAAGCAUCUCAAGGUCCUGGAGUGGCCUAGCCAGUCUCCAGACCUGAACCCAAUAGAAAAUCUUUGGAGGGAGCUGAAAGUCCGUAUUGCCCAGCGACAGCCCCGAAACCUGAAGGAUCUGGAGAAGGUCUGUAUGGAGGAGUGGGCCAAAAUCCCUGCUGCAGUGUGUGCAAACCUGGUCAAGACCUACAGGAAACGUAUGAUCUCUGUAAUUGCAAACAAAGGUUUCUGUACCAAAUAUUAAGUUCUGCUUUUCUGAUGUAUCAAAUUCUUAUGUCAUGCAAUAAAAUGCAAAUUAAUUACUUAAAAAUCAUACAAUGUGAUUUUCUGGAUUUUUGUUUUAGAUUCCAUCUCUCACAGUUGAAGUGUACCUAUGAUAAAAAUGACAGACCUCUACAUGCUUUGUAAGUAGGAAAACCUGCAAAAUCGGCAGUGUAUCAAAUACUUGUUCUCCCCACUGUAUAUAGGUUAUAGGUUGAGAACUUUUGUGAAAGAGCACAGUUAGAAAGAUAUGGCAUAUAGAAGCAAACCGGAUGGACAUCAUGAAAAUGAUCGGAGAGGUUGAGGGUAGAGGAAGUUCAGGAGUAAAAACAAAAAAAUAUGUCCAUAAAAUGUAUAUACAGUGAGGGGGAAAAAGUAUUUGAUCCCCUGCUGAUUUUGUACGUUUGCCCACUGACAAAGAAAUUAUCAGUCUAUAAUUUUAAUGGUAGGUUUAUUUGAACAGUGGGAGAAAAAUCCAUGUCAAAAAUGUUAUAAAUUUAUUUGCAUUUUAAUGAGGGAAAUAAUUAUUUGACUCCCUCUCAAUCAGAAAGAUUUCUGGCUCCCAGGUGUCUUUUAUACAGGUAACGAGCUGAGAUUAGGAGCACACUCUUAAAGGGAGUGCUCCUAAUCUCAGUUUGUUACCUGUAUAAAAGACACCUGUCCACAGAAGCAAUCAAUCAGAUUCCAAACUCUCCACCAUGGCCAAGACCAAAGAGCUCUCCAAGGAUGUCAGGGACAAGAUUGUAGACCUACACAAGGCUGGAAUAGGCUACAAGACCAUCGCCAAGCAGCUUGGUGAGAAGGUGACAACAGUUGGUGCGAUUCUUCGCAAAUGGAAGAAACACAAAAUAACUGUCAAUCUCCCUCGGCCUGGGGCUCCAUGCAAGAUCUCACCUCGUGGAGUUGCAAUGAUCAUGAGAACGGUGAGGAAUCAGCCCAGAACUACACGGGAGGAUCUUGUCAAUGAUCUCAAGGCAGCUGGGACCAUAGUCACCAAGAAAACAAUUGGUAACAUACUACGCCGUGAAGGACUAAAAUCCUGCAGCGCCCGCAAGGUCCCCCUGCUCAAGAAAGCACAUAUACCGUCUGAAGUUUGCCAAUGAACAUCUGAAUGAUUCAGAGGAGAACUGGUCAGAUGAGACAAAAAUCGAGCUCUUUGGCAUCAACUCAAUUCGCCGUGUUUGGAGGAGGAGGAAUGCUGCCUUUGACCCCAAGAACACCAUCCCCACCGUCAAACAUGGAGGUGGAAACAUUAUGCUUUGGGGGUGUUUUUCUGCUAAGGGGACAGGACAACUUCACCGCAUCAAAGGGACGAUGGACGGGGCCAUGUACCGUCAAAUCUUGGGUGAGAACCUCCUUCCCUCAGCCAGGGCAUUGAAAAUGGGUUGUGGAUGUGUAUUCCAGCAUGACAAUGACCCAAAACACACGGCCAAGGCAACAAAGGAGUGGCUCAAGAAGAAGCACAUUAAGGUCCUGGAGUGGCCUAGGCAGUCUCCAGACCUUAAUCCCAUAGAAAAUCUGUGGAGGGAGCUGAAGGUUCGAGUUGCCAAACGUCAGCCUCGAAACCUUAAUGACUUGGAGAAGAUCUGCAAAGAGGAGUGGAACAAAAUCUCUCCUGAGAUGUGUGCAAACCUGGUGGCCAACUACAAGAAACGUCUGACCUCUGUGAUUGCCAACAAGGGUUUUGCCACCAAGUACUAAGUCAUGUUUUGCAGAGGGGUCAAAUACUUAUUUACCUCAUUAAAAUGCAAAUCAAUUUAUAACAUUUUUGACAUGCGUUUUUCUGGAUUUUUUUGUUGUUAUUCUGUCUCUCACUGUUCAAAUAAACCUACCAUUCAAAUUAUAGACUGAUCAUGUCUUUGUCAGUGGGAAAACGUACAAAAUCAGCAGGGGAGAAAAUACUUUUUUCCCUCACUGUAGUAUGUACAAGCUGGAAGUAGAGGCCUGAGCGAUGUUGUUCACUAGUUUACUCCAAUUAGGGAAGGGGUGGUGGGGUUGGAAAGUAAUAAAGGGAAAUAUAUAUUUGUGAGAAAAAAAACAUAUGGGGGAUUGGAGGUGAUGCAGACAAUUACAUUGAUGGAAGUUACAAUCUGUCUGCAAUAUUAAAGCUGAUCUAACCCCCAAAAAUAUAAUAAUAAUAAUAAUAAUAAUAAUAAUAAUAAUAAUAAUUCAGCAAAUAUCUAAUUUAAUUCAAACAAAGAUAUGUAGCCACUACUUGUAUACCUGUAGUUCUUGCCUAUGAACACUGUACAGCAUAAAAUUGUACUCUGUAGUAGACCUAUAUACACUAUGAAACAGAGUUUAUAUCUCGUGUGUACUACUGACAUUCAAUUGUAUUAACACAGGAUAACAGAGGAUCUCUCUCUUUUCUUAAAGGACCCUCUCCUGGGCGCUGCCUCGUUCUCCAUGUUUGGUUCGUUAGGGGCUACAGUACAGGCGGUCCUCAUCUUGUAUCUCAUGAUCUCCUCAGUAGUGGGUUUCUACAGCUCACCACUGUUCACUGGACUACGACCCCGUGCGCAGGACACCACACUGACACAGGUACACACACACACACACACACACUGGCAUGCACAUACACACGGUUCGCUCUCUCUUCCAUUGGGCACUCUAAUAACCCAUCUAUCUCUCUCUCUUUUCACAGAUUAUUGGGAACUGUGUGUCUCUAUUGGUGCUCAGCUCAGCUCUGCCCGUAUUCUCUAGGACUCUGGGUAAGUCUUCAGUGGAGUAUCAGUGUCAGGUGCUGUUGUAUGAUGGACUGACAUAUAUAUAAAAUAAAAACAAAUAGAUACUUUUUCUAAACAAUCAUUUAAUAUUUCUCCUUUGAUCUUGAUGAUUCAGGGAUCACCCGGUUUGAUCUGCUGGGAGACUUUGGUCAGUAUAACUGGCUGGGAAACUUCCACAUCGUCUUCCUGUAUAACGUACUGUUUGCUGGGCUGACCUCUGCCUGUUUGAUCAACACUCUCACAUGGACCGUACAGAGGGAACUCAUCAGAGCAUUCGGUAUGUGGGGGUCACACAAAUCAAAUCAAAUCAUUUGUCACAUGCGCCAAAUACAAAAGGUGUAGACCUUACCGUGAAAUGCUUACUUACAAGCCCUUAACCAACAAUGCAGUUUUAAGAAAAUAGAGUUAAGAAAAAUAUUUACUAAAUAAAAUAAAAUAAAAAUAUAUAAAUACAAAAAGUAACACAUAAAAUAACAAUAAUGAGGCUAUAUACAGGGGGUAUCGGUACCAAGUCAAUGUGCGGGUGUACAGUCAAUGAAAAUAGUCCAGGUUGCCAUUUGAUUAAUUGUUCAGCAGUCUUAUGGCUUGGGGGUAGAAGCUGUUAAGGAGCCUUUUGGACCUAGACUUGGCGCUCCAGUACCGCUUGCUGUGUGGUAGCAGAGAGAACAGUCUAUGACUUGGGUGACAGGAGUCUUUGACAAUUUUUUGGGCCUUCCUCUGACACCACCUAGUAUAUAGGUCCUGGAUGGCAGGAAGCUUGGCCCCAGUGAUGUACUGGGCUGUACGCACUACCCUCUGUAGUGCCUUACGGGACCUCACGAUUGGCGCAGCGGUCUAAGUCACUGCAUCGCAGUGCUUGAGGUGUCACUACAGACCCGGGUUCGAUCCCAGGCUGUGUCACUACCUGUCACAACUUCCUCCAAGGCUGCCUCCUCUCCUUGUUCGGGCAGGCUUCGGCGUUCGUCGUCACUGGCCUUCUAGCCACUGCCGCUCCUCAUCUUAUCAUUCCAUUUGUUUUGUCUUGUUUAUUACACACACCUGGUUCAUAUCCCCUCGUGUGGUCCUCUGUAGCUCAAUUGGUAGAGCAUGGCGCUUGUAACGCCAGGGUAGUGGGAUCGAUCCCCGGGACCACCCAUACGUAAAAAUGUAUGCGCACAUGACUGUAAGUCACUUUGGAUAAAAGCGUCUGCUAAAUGGCAUAUUAAUUCAUAUUAAUCAGUACCUGUAUAAGUGUUCCCUCUGCCCCCUUGUCUUUGUGUGUGAUUGUUUAUUGUGAGGAUAGUGGAGCUCCUUGUAUUUUGUAUCGCUGGGUUAUUUUUCCCCGUGUGCCUUGUUGGUUCCAGUGCGCCUGUUUUGCGCACUGGACUGUUUUGACGCUUUACUGCGUAACUCUGUAUUCCGGAAUAAAUCAUGUUAUUCUGUGAUUUACCCUCCUGCGCCUGACUCCUUAAAAUCACCCAUCACACCACUGGCCAUGACCGGGAGUCCCAUAGUGCGGCGCACAAUUGGCCCAGUGUCGUCCGGAUUAGGGGAGGGUUUGGCCGGGGGGGCUUUACUUGGCUCAUCGCGCUCUAGCAGCUCCUUGUGGUGGGCUGGGCGCUUGCAGGCUGACUUCGGUCGUCAGUUGGACGGUGUUUCCUCCGACACAUUGGUGCGGCUGGCUUCCAGGUUAAGCGGGCGGGUGUUAAGAAGCGCGGUUUGGCGGGUCAUGUUUCGGAGAACGCAUGACUCGACUUUCACCUCUCCAAAGCCCCUUGGGGAGUUGCAGCGAUGAGACAAGAUCGUAAUUGGAUCGCAAUUGGAUAUCACGAAAUUGGGGAGAAAAAGGGAGAAAAAAUAAAAUAACAAAAUAACAAAAACAUAGACAGUUACGCAUACAUAUACAAUAUCUCACAAAAGUGAAUACACCCCUCACAUUUUUGUUAAUAUUUGAGUAUAUAUUUUCACGUAACAACACUGAAGAAAUGACACUUUGCUACAAUGUAAAGUAGUGAGUGUACAGCUUGUAUUACAGUGUAAAUUUGCUGUCCCCUCAAAAUAACUCAACACACAGCCAUUAAUGUCUAAACCGCUGGCAACAAAAGUGAGUACACCCCUAAGUGAAAAUGUCCAAAUUGGGCCCAAUUAGCCAUUUUCCCUCCCCGGUGUCAUGUGACUCGUUAGUGUUACAAGGUCUCAGGUGUGAAUGGGGAGCAGGUGUGUUAAAUUUGGUGUCAUCGCUCUCACACUCCCUCAUACUGGUCACUGGAAGUUCAACAUGGCAAAGAACUCUCUGAGGAUCUGAAAAAAAGAAUUGUUGCUCUACAUAAAGAUGGCCUGGGCUAUAAGAAGAUUGCCAAGACCCUGAAACUGAGCUGCAGCACGGUGGCCAAGACCAUACAGCGGUUUAACAGGACAGGUUCCACUCAGAACAGGCCUCGCCAUGGUCGACCAAAGAAGUUGAGUGCACGUGCUCAGCGUCAUAUCCAGAGGUUGUCUUUGGGAAAUAGACGUAUGAGUGCUGCCAGCAUUGCUGCAGAGGUUGAAGGGGUGGGGGGUCAGCCUGUCAGUGCUCAGACCAUACGCCGCACACUGUAACAAAUUGGUCUACAUGGCUGUCGUCCCAGAAGGAAGCCUCUUUAAAGAUAAUGCACAAGAAAACCCGCAAACAGUUUGCUGAAGACAAGCAGACUAAGGACAUGGAUUACUGGAACCAUGUCCUGUGGUCUGAUGAGACCAAGAUAAACUUAUUUGGUUCAGAUGGUGUCAAGCGUGUGUGGCGGCAACCAGGUGAGGAGUACAAAGACAAGUGUCUCUUGCCUACAGUCAAGCAUGGUGGUGGGAGUGUCAUGGUCUGGGGCUGCAUGAGUGCUGUCGGCGCUGGGGAGCUACAGUUCAUUGAGGGAACCAUGAAUGCCAACGUACUGUGACAUACUGAAGCAGAGCAUGAUCCCCUCCCUUCGGAGACUGGGCCGCAGGGCAGUAUUCCAACAUGAUAACGACCCCAAACACACCUCCAAGACGACCACUGCCUUGCUAAAGAAGCUGAGGGUAAAGGUGAUGGACUGGCCAAGCAUGUCUCCAGACCUAAACCCUAUUGAGCAUCUGUGGGACAUCCUCAAAUGGAAGGUGGAGGAGUGCAAGGUCUCUAACAUCCACCAGCUCUGUGAUGUCGUCAUGGAGGAGUGGAAGAGGACUCCAGUGGCAACCUGUGAAGCUCUGGUGAACUCCAUGCCCAAGAUGGUUAAGGGAGUGCUGGAAAAUGUUGACAAAAUAUUGACACUUUGGGCCCAAUUUUGACAUUUUCACUUAGGGGUGUACUCACUUUCGUUGCCAGCGGUUUAGACAUUAAUGGCUGUGUGUUGUGUUAUUUUGAGGGGACAGCAAAUGUACACUGUUAUACAAGCUGUACACUCACUACUUUACAUUGUAGCAAAGUGUCAUUUCUUCAGUGUUGUCACAUGAAAAGAUAUACUCAAAUAUUUACAAAACUGUGAGGGGUGUACUCACUUUUGUGAGAUACUGUAUGUAUGCUUGCUCAUGCACACACACACACACGCACACUUACACACGUUGUGAUCGGUUAAUUCACUAAUAUGGUCCUCUCUCUCUUCCCAGGGCUGAAUAUACUGCCAUUGACCGUGUCCCGCUCCACCAUCCCACUCAGGCUCCUAUUGGCUAAUGGACUCUCAAAGAUUCAGUGAACUUCAACAAGCCAAUGACCUGGGCUUACCAAAGUGAGCUUGCCAAAGAGCAGUGUCCCCAAAUAUUUAGCUGUAGUAAACUCUCUUUGAAAGAGAGAAGGGGAUUGACCUGUUUGCUGAUGGACGACUGGUGAUCCUGUCACCACUGAGAAGAGGAUGAAACUCUGGACUUGGACCUCAGACAUGAUUAUACUUCAGAGAAUAGGUACAGGACAGGUACUGCACCAAGGGGACCAAUGCAAUUUGUCUCCUCGUCUGUCAGGUUUAUAAUGGAGUAUGUGAGAAAUAAAAUACAUUUUUUGCAAAAAAAGAAGAGGAAGACAAUGGUGAAGGAAGCAAAAUGAACAGAAAGGGAGGAAGAAUUGACAUGUAUAGUAUAUAGAGAUGGUCGUCUUCUAGUCUCAAGGUCUUUCCCAAUACAUGAACCCUUCAUAGACAUCCACGAUGACUUUUGCUAAACUGUCUGCCAUUCUCAAAACAUCUUGAUCCUUGACUGGAAGGAACUCCACAAGAACUUCAGCUCUGUAUACUUCUCUAGAUAUCACUGUCUUUUCCUCUCCUCUCUCUCUCCCUUUUUGCCUAUUGCGCUCUUGCACUUAUUACCUUGUGUAUUAUUCAAAUUAUUUAUUCUGCUGUGUCAUCUUGUGAACAUAAUUUCCCUUCUUUCUGUUGUCCUCUAAUGGAAUGUUUAGGAAAGAAGCUGAUGUAUGGUGUCAAAGAAUAAGAGUAAAUCAGUUAACAUUAAUUAAAGUAAGGGAUGUGUACAGUAACUCUACUUCAGUGCAUAUGGCCAAUUCUACUAUAUUACUAUUUUUAGUAUAUCAUUCUCAUUUACAUAUUUGUAUCACAACCUUAUGUGAUAAGGACAUUUUAUUGUUGGAUUGAAAAGUUGGACAACAGUCUUUUAUGAAGAGAACAGAAACAUACAAUGCUUAGCACCACGGUGCUAAAGGAAAUUUAAAGUACAGACCGGAAACAAUGGCCUGGAACUUAAGACCAAGUUAAACUGUGAUGUGUGUGUUUGAGAAAGGCUAUCUGUGUGUGUGUUUGAGUGUGUGCGUGUGUCCAUGUGUCCGUCAGUGUACAUUAAUUUUUUGCGCAACGUUGUGUACAUGCACGGACAUUUUUCUCCAAUAUUGUACCAAGUUCAUUUCAUUUUGUAAAUUAAGUUUUUUGUUUUUUAAUGAUGAGUUUGUGGCCAUAGAUUUAUGUUGACCUCAAGUGAAUGUUCAUUUGUUAUUGUCUCACGGGUAAAACACUCCUCAACCUCUCCUGAGGUUGCAGUUGUAAAUGAGAACUUGUUCUCAACUGGCUUACCUGGUUAAAUAAAGGUGAAAUAAAUAAAAUUAAAAUUAAAUCAUACAAAUGUCAAAAUGUGUUGUCAUUUCAAUGCCAGAACAGUAGGCUACUACAUGUUCAAUUGUCUGUAUGUCUUGUAAAACUGUAUGCUUUACUAUGAUUUAUGAUUGUUAGCUAUCUAUAACUGUGAACUCUGGUUAAAAGUAUAUGAAAAUUGUUUAAAACUGUGAAUAUCUAAACUGAAGAGAGUUUUUGUAAGGACUCUUCUAAUGGAACAAUAAAUAUUUUUUUCUGUCUGUUUCUUACA